AUGGAGAACCGGGUCACGCUCGGCUCUAUCCAGAAGACCGUUUGGAACGGGCGCAUCCCGCUAGAAAUUGUUCUGGCAUCAUCAGAAAGCAGGACUUUUGAUAGAACGGACCCAUAUCUUAUCUCAUACCCACGCAUCUCAUAUCUGCCCUCAUUGCUUGCCAAGCUUCGAACAUUCUUUUCAAAUUCUUUGAUAGAGCCAGACUCGCAACCACAUGAUGGUUGGUUCGAGUUCGAGGGAGUACCUCUGAAAUGGCACUACCCUGUCGGUCUGCUAUUUGACCUUUAUGCUGGGGCGGACCCUGCGUCGAAGACUGCCUCAAGAGGUGAUGAGUCUACUGAGAAAGCUUCGCCAAUGCCCUGGAAAUUAGUAGUGCAUUUCAGAGACUGGCCGGACGACGAACUUGUGCGACUCGAUGCCAAUGGGAUGGUUAUGAAUGAUGCCUUCAUAAAUAGCGUGAAGGAGGCAGACUUCCUCCGAAAUGGUACAGCAAAGGGCAUCAUGAGUCUUUCAAAAGAGGACUCUUCAGGACUUUGGAGAGCUGUUGAAGAUGUGGAUCUUCCCUCUUUCCAACGCAUAUCAAGCAUCCUUCUACCUCAACUAUCACAGCCAUUCCGAAAUGUCCCAGUCAGGAUAUUUCUUCCACUUCCGCCUGAUGCGGAGUCUUCAUCUUUGAAAGUGGUACAAUCACCAAUUCCACCUUCGAUACCCACAUCAAGCAUGCAGUCAAGUCAGCUUUUGCCCUCGCGCGGCAGCUCCACCACUCAAAUUCAAACUGUGGGCUCUGUUCUGCACACACUACUACCAAAUCUGUUUCCUAGUCGGAGAACUCCUGUUCUCGCGAAGCCCGUUUUGCAUGGCGCUGUGAUACCCAUGUCUGCCCCGAUUGAAGAGGUUGUUAGAAGCUCGGCUUAUGGAGAUGGGUGGGCCUAUCUGGUCGUUCGAAUGAUGGGAUGA